AUGGUCAUAGUGAUUGAUCUUCGCUUGUCCUUUGUGCAAGCAAACAUACGCCUUCAACGUACUAGAAAUCCUAUAAUCGGCGAUAAAUUUAGCAGUAGGCAUGGGCAAAAGGGUGUUUGCUCUCAGUUGUGGCCUGAUGUCGAUAUGCCAUUUUCUGGAGUUACAGGAUUGCGACCAGAUCUUAUUAUCAAUCCACAUGCAUUCCCUUCUAGAAUGACAAUUGCAAUGCUUUCGGAAUCAACAGCUGCUAAGUUCAUAGAUUUAUUGUAUGUGAUGGUCAUAGUGAUUGCUCUUCGCUUGUCCUUUGUGCAAGCAAACAUACGCCUUCAACGUACUAGCAAUCCUAUAAUCGGAGAUAAAUUUAGCAGUAGUCAUGGGCAAAAGGGUGUUUGCUCUCAGUUGUGGCCUGAUGUCGAUCUGCCAUUUUCUGGAGUUACAGGAUUGCGACCAGAUCUUAUUAUCAAUCCACAUGCAUUCCCUUCUAGAAUGGCAAUUGCAAUGCUUUCGGAAUCAAUAGCUGCUUAG